GAGCUGUCGUUUAAACUUUCCCGGUUUCCAACCAAAAUUAAGGCAAGAUACAGGGCGGGCCUUACUGGUCAGCGACCCCUCAGCAACUCCACCCUAAAUGAUGUCCUGACUUCUCAGUCCUGUCAUCUCUGUAAGACUAUAAACAAGGGUUGAUGCAUUGCGCCAGAUGUAGAUCCAGAUCCUCCCGUUACAACAAAAAGGGACCUGAGGCAAGAACAAUUGUUCAACGCCUCAACGGCAUUGUCGAUAUAUAUCUUCGUGCCUGGCAGCAUACAUCUACACAUACAUAAUCAGCAUUGCCGUCCUGUGGUACAACCAAGCAGUAGUGUGUUGAUGGACGGAGGAGAGAUGCAGCAGGCCUCAUCAACCGGCAUUGAUGCUCCGGCGUGCGCGUUCGCCACGAUACGGUCGCACGGCGCCAGCGUCGCGAGGUCGCAUGCCUACGACUGGCUGGCGCUGCUCCUGCUGGUCGCCGUCGAGGUCCUCCUCAACGCCAUCGAGCCGUUCCACCGGUUCGUUGGCGCCGGCAUGAUGACGGACCUCAGAUACCCCUUGAAGAGCAACACCGUCCCCGUCUGGGCCGUGCCGGUCAUUGCUGUCAUUGGACCUAUGAUCAUCUUCGUCGUCAUCUACAUCCGGAGGAGGAAUGUCUAUGAUCUGCACCAUGCGAUACUCGGGAUCCUGUUUUCUGUGCUGAUCACCGGCGUCCUGACUGACGCCAUCAAGGAUGCCGUCGGCCGUCCGCGCCCCAACUUCUUCUGGCGCUGCUUCCCUGACGGAAUCGCCGUGUACGACAACAUCACCACUGGAGUCAUAUGCCACGGCGAGGCGAGCGUGAUCAAAGAAGGCCACAAGAGCUUCCCAAGUGGUCACACUUCAUGGUCCUUCGCCGGCUUGGGGUUCCUGUCGUGGUACCUCGCCGGGAAGAUAACCGUCUUUGAUCGACGGGGCCAUGUCGCGAAGCUGUGCGUUGUCAUCCUGCCUCUGCUCGUCGCAGCGAUGAUCGCGAUCUCCCGGGUAGAUGACUACUGGCACCAUUGGCAGGACGUGUUCACGGGCGGCAUCAUUGGAAGUGUGGUCGCCUCUGUCUGCUACCUGCAGUUCUUUCCACCACCCUCUGAUGAGAAAGGGUUGUGGCCUCACGCGCACUUGAGGUACGUCACGGAGAGGGAAGACGCGAGCCGAACGCGGCGCGCUAACGAACUGAUCAAUAACAGCAGCAACGUCGGCGCAACAACAGCAGUGAUCCCUUGGGAAGGACGGACGGGGGCAAACACGAGCGGAACGUUGGACGCCAUGGAAGCCGGCCGGAGGUAGCCGUAGGACAGGCCAAUGACUCUGCACUCUCUGUAUAUGCCGACCGCAGACCGCUUCGGAUGUAUAUAUCUCGUUUUUUUUUCUACGAUUUGCCAUCAAUCAAUUUCCCUGUCCUUGCCUUCUGGAUAAGUUAACUUGGUAUCUUAACUGUAAAUCCACAAUCAUCUAAAAAAUUGUAAAUCCACUCGAGGAUGAAACUAUUGAAACCUGCAA